CAGCAGCCGGCGCGGGUGCUGUGCCUGACGGCUGCGCCCGACGUGCCUUCCCAGUACAUAUCUGUCAUGAAUGCCAUCUUUUCGGCACAGAGGAGCGGCGUGCUGAUCGAUGCGUGCCAGCUUGGGCGCCGCCACUCCACAUUCCUGCAGCAGGCGGCCUACCUCACUGGCGGCGUCUACCUGAAGCCCAGCAAGCCGGUGGCGCUGGUGCAGUACCUCAACUCUGUGUUUGCGGUGGAUGCCGCCACCCGCCAGUUCCUGCGCAUGCCGGGCACCGCGCACGUCGACUUCCGGGCCAGCUGCUUCUGCCACAAGCGCCAGAUCGACCUGGGCUACGUGUGCUCGGCCUGCCUCUCCAUCUUUUGCGAGCAGCUGCCCGCCUGCACCACCUGCGGCACUGAGUUU